AUGAAAAAAAGUCCAGCCACAUUUGCUAACCAAGAAGUGGAGCAAGAUAAUAUUGCACAUGCUGAAGUUGACUAUAUUGACAUUAGAGAUUUUAUUGAACAUAAAAUUCAAAAGUUAAUAAAUAAUAAGGAAACAACUUACCAGACACAUUUAUUAGUACAUAUAGAUGUAGCUGUUCAAGAUAUGACUUUAAAGGAAGUUGCUGAUCUUGUCAUUGUCAAAGUUGGAAAUAGAGACAAUUAUUCAUGGAAGACUGCAAGAGAAUGGUAUGAACUAUAUGCCAUUGUAGUUGAUGUUGAGGGAGCUAGGUUUCCAAUUGCUUAUCUAGUGAUCAACACAACGAAG